UAAUGAAACUAAGAAAGUUUUCAAAAACUUUAGGGACUUUUAAAUAGUAAUAGUGGUCUUUCUCUUUGGGUAGAUUUGUUAAAUUACUUCAAUUCCAGUGAAUGAUUACUUGAUACUUUCUUCGUUGCAUUUAGUAAUCUUACCCAUAUUUACAAUGGCUUUUCAAAUCGUCCGAAGAUGCAUGAAAAAUCUGAAUUACGCUCUUGUCAAAAAUGUAGGUUUGAAGGAUUCUUCUGCCCCUGUUUGUGUUUCCGUUCGUCAUCACACCACUGAAACUCAAAGCACCGAAACACAGCCGACCAUUCGAAGACAGGUUGAUCCAGUUGUUCGUGCUCAAUUGAUUGAUUUUGGUAAAUACGUCGCCGAAUGUUUACCAAAAUACGUACAGAAGAUACAGCUAGCUUUGGGAGACGAAUUAGAAGUUUUAAUCGAACCGAGUGGAAUUGUUCCAACGUUACAGUUUUUGAAAAGUCAUCAUAACGCGCAGUUUUUGAGUCUCGCUGAUAUCACAGCUAUAGACGUGCCAUCCAGAGUGAAUCGUUUUGAGCUGGUGUAUAAUAUGCUUUCUCUUCGCUACAAUUCGAGAAUACGAGUCAAAACGUAUACCGAUGAAGUGACUCCUGUAGAUUCAGCUUGUGAAGUUUACGCCGGCGCUAAUUGGUACGAGAGAGAAGUGUACGAUAUGUUUGGUGUAUAUUUCAUAAAUCAUCCAGAUUUGAGGAGAAUUUUGACCGAUUAUGGAUUCGUAGGACAUCCAUUUAGGAAAGAUUUUCCACUUAGUGGUUACAUCGAGGUACGAUACGACGAUCAAAAGAGUAGAAUUGUUUACGAACCGGUUGAGUUGAGUCAAGAAUUUCGAAGAUUUGAAUUAUCCGCACCUUGGGAACAAUUCCCUAAUUUCCGUAAGGAUUUAAUUGGCGUCGAAGAAAUCCCAUUGAUUACUGAAAAGAACGCUUCGAAACCUAAGAAUAAUUAGUAGUGCGACUUGUAUUUAUGAAAAAAAGUUAUCGUUAUGUUAAUAAAAUGUAUUUCAAAUGUUA